AGCGUUUUGGAUUAUGUGUGUAACUCACUAAGCAGUGACAUGCGGAAGGUUACUUUACCACCUUUGAUGGAGCCGCAUUGCAUUGCAGCGAGGAUGAGCCGGGGAAAUGACGUCCAUCUCGUCGAAUGGGAUGUGUGUCAAUUCUCUGCUUCUCAUCAACAACAUCUUUGCAUUCUAUCACAAGGACACCGUCCUCCCCGAGCGGUGACCUAUGAAUAUGUUCGCCUACUCCCUGAGAGGUCACCAUGUUCAGAUCAUCCCUCGCUAAGCCAGCCGCAACACGGCCGAGCACGAUCCGAUCUCGUGCCUUACCCGAGUUCAAACGCAUCAAGCCAAAUCGAAGAAGCCUACAUCUCGCUCCGCCCUUUCUGCUCGACGACUACAUCCCGAGAUAUCAUCUCAUUUCUUCGGCUGAUGCUGCGAAGAAACGGUCCGCCGCAUAUGCUCACCUCCGCCAAUGCAAUCUAUGUCCCCGGUUGUGCAAUGUCAACCGCUACGAGACCACAGGGCACUGUCUGAUAGGCGCUGAAACGGUCAAGAUCGGAACUAUUGCACCACAUUUCGGCGAGGAGCCCUGCCUGCAAGGUCACCAUGGUUCCGGUUCUGUGUUCUUCAGUGGCUGCAACCUGCGUUGUGUGUUCUGUCAGAACCACGACAUCGCACAUCAAAAAGUGGGAUUUGACUUGACGCCCGAUGAACUUGCGGAAUGGAUGUUGAAACUACAAGAGGUGGGAAACGUGCACAACAUCAACUUCGUCACUCCGGAACAUGUGGUGCCUCAAGUGGCGUUGGCAAUCCUAGCUGCCAGAGACAUGGGGCUUAAUGUGCCUAUCGUGUACAACACCAGUGCUUUUGACAGCCUGGAAAGUCUCAAAUUGAUGGAUGGCCUGAUUGAUAUUUAUCUACCAGACUUCAAGGUCUGGAGUAACGAGACCAGCAAGCGACUCCUCAAGGCAGACGCAUAUGCUGAUGCGGCCAAAGAAAGCAUUCAGGAAAUGUACCGACAAGUUGGCGACUUGUGUUUCACGGGCGAUGGUAUUGCUAAGAAAGGACUUUUGGUCCGUCAUCUCGUCAUGCCUGGCAAGGAGCACGAAGGAGUCCAGAUCAUGCAGUGGCUUGCUGAGACUCUUGGUAAAGACGUAUUUGUCAAUGUUAUGGAGCAGUAUUAUCCAAAUGCACAUGUCGGCAAGGAGAACAGAGGCUCCAAAGCUGGCAAAGAGAAGCGUUACGCUGAAAUCAAUCGACCUGUGGACAAAGAGGAGGUUGGAAUUGUGCAGAAAGCCGCACGCGAUGCUGGUCUGUGGAGGUUUGCUGAAGCUGCUAGACACGGCGGCUGGAAUGUGUGAGCCUAUACGCUCGUGCACAAUCAGCCAAAUCGGCAUCAUGUUUGUGGUGCUCCACCCUCCUUCGUCCGAGCUCCUUCCGGCUCAGCCUUGUCUCUUUGUGAGAUGAGUCAAUCAGGGCCACGCAACAAGCAAAGGCAGUGAGUUCCGUUCUAUAGAUAGGCGACAUGGAAUCAAUAACCGUCAAGAAAUCUGAUCCUGAACCUACCGCGGUCAACGAAAGCACAUCUAUUCAAAGUGCUAUGCUCUUCCACCACCACCAUGUUUCCAGGACCAACGCUAUGCGUCUCGCAGUACUCGCAACUGCAACAACAACGACA